AUGUUCAGAUCCUUGCCGUCGCUUCGAUCCCCGGGGAGGGCGCUGCAUGUAGCUGCGAGCCUCGCCGGUUCCAGAUCGCAGCCGUCAAUAACACGACAGCCACUCUACCGAUUAGAUGCGAGAAGAACAGCAAUUCGCUUCGCCAGUUCUUCCAGUCAACCUCCGAAACCGCCAUCAGCCGAUGAAGAGCGCGACAGACUUGCCCACCAGAAGCUCGAACCAAAUCCCGAAGGCGUUUCCUCUACCAGCAGCGUCCGAACCGUACUGGAGGCCACUGAAGGAGCCACAACAGAGCUUCCUGGCGUCCACUCAAAUCUCAAGCAUGAUAUUGAUCUUGUCAAGGAUACGUUUCGCCUGGACACAGUCCCUCGCGAAUCUCACAUCCUUGGUCUAGCCGGCACACUGCCAUACCUUGCUACCUCUGUGUCGACCGUUUUCUUGGCCUUGAAUCUCAACACCGACAUUCCUUCUGGCAAUCGUUUCUAUAAUAUGAUCUUCAUGGAACAUGGGACAGCGCAGUACCUCCUGGACCUCAUCGAGCCGCUGCAGCUCGGAUAUGGCGCCGUCAUCAUCUCGUUCCUCGGCGCCAUCCAUUGGGGCCUCGAAUAUGCAGAAAAGAAGCCACAGCACGACCGCACUCGAUUCCGCUACGGAACCGGUCUCGCCGCCUCCAUCGUCGCCUGGCCCACGGUCCUCAUGCCUCUCGAAUACGCCCUGACAACACAGUUCGGCGCCUUUGUCGCGCUCUACUACGCCGAUUCCCGCGCCACGCGGAAAGGCUGGGCGCCGCCGUGGUACGCCAAGUACCGCUUCCUCCUGACCGCCAUGGUCGGGCUCGCCAUCUUCAUAUCUCUCGUCGGCCGCGCCGAGAUCUCUCAGCGGGCUGCGCUUAACAAGAAGAGCUUGCGGUCUAGAGUCGAGGAGCCCGGUAUUGCGGAUAAGCAGACAGAUUGGACAAAGUUGGAGAAGGAGGAAAAAGAUAGGAUCAGAAAGGAAAAGGCCAAGAAGGCAAGAGAAGAGGGACAGGCAGAGAAGAAGAAGUCUCAGGAUGGGUUGAAGGGCAAGGACAAGAAGAAGGAUGAAAAGGAAGACGACAACGACGAGGAUUCGGCCAAGGAUAAGGGAGACGAAGAGGAUGACUCUCAGGAUAGCCAAAAGGGCGAGGCCAAAGGUGGCGACGAGUCCAAGGACAGUGACGAGUCCAAGGACAAUGACGAGUCCAAGGACAGUGACGAGUCCAAGGACAGUGACGAGUCCAAGGACAGUGACGAGUCCAAGGACAGUGACGAGUCCAAGGACAGUGACGAGUCCAAGGACAGCGAUGAGUCCAAAGACAACGAUGAGUCCAAAGACAACGACAAACCCAAGGGUGGCAACAAGUCCAAGGAUAACAAGUCCAAGGACAACAAGUCUAAAGACAAUGACAAGUCCAAAGACGGCGAAUCUGAUCAAGAUCAAGAAAAGACUGAUCAGGACAAUGAAUCAGACAAAGGCAACAACGACAGCAAGAAAGAUAAAUAG